UAUAAACCCCACCAAUGCUUCCCAUUCCUUUUCCAAGUCAACCCGAGAGAGAAUUAAGAUUUUAUAAUUUAACUGUUUUGGGGUGUGAUUAAAAGAGAAGCUAGCUAAAAAAAAUGGGUUCAGCAUCCGAAAGUGUUUGCGUUACAGGAGCUUCUGGUUUCAUCGGGUCAUGGCUUGUCAUGAGACUCAUCGAGCGUGGCUACACCGUUCGAGCCACCGUACGCGACCCAGUAAACAUGAAGAAGGUGAAGCAUUUGGUGGAACUACCAGGCGCAAAGAGCAAACUGUCUCUGUGGAAGGCUGAUCUUGCUGAAGAGGGAAGCUUUGAUGAAGCCAUUAAAGGCUGCACCGGAGUUUUCCACGUGGCCACCCCCAUGGACUUUGAAUCCAAAGACCCUGAGAAUGAAGUGAUAAAGCCUACAAUAAACGGGGUACUAGACAUCAUGAAAGCAUGCUUGAAGGCAAAAACUGUGCGAAGGCUAAUAUUCACGUCCUCAGCCGGAACCCUCAACGUUAUUGAGCGCCAAAAGCCCGUUUUCGACGACACAUGCUGGAGUGACGUUGAGUUUUGCCGUAGAGUUAAGAUGACUGGUUGGAUGUAUUUUGUUUCUAAAACACUGGCGGAGAAAGAAGCAUGGAAAUUUGCCAAAGAGCAGGGCCUGGACUUCAUCACUAUCAUUCCACCUCUUGUUGUCGGUCCCUUUCUGAUGCCAACCAUGCCACCUAGCCUAAUCACGGCUCUAUCGCCAAUCACAGGAAAUGAGGACCAUUACUCGAUCAUAAAGCAAGGUCAAUUCGUCCACUUAGAUGAUCUCUGUCUUGCUCACAUAUUUCUGUUUGAGGAACCAGAAGUGGAAGGGAGGUACAUAUGCAGUGCAUGUGACGCUACCAUUCAUGACAUUGCCAAAUUAAUUAACCAAAAAUACCCUGAGUACAAGGUCCCCACCAAGUUCAAGAAUAUUCCAGAUCAAUUGGAGCUUGUGAGAUUUUCUUCCAAGAAGAUCACAGACUUGGGAUUCAAAUUUAAAUACAGCUUAGAGGACAUGUACACUGGAGCAAUUGACACAUGCAGAGACAAAGGGCUUCUUCCGAAACCUGCAGAAAAAGGGCUUUUUACUAAACCUGCAGAUCAGAAACUCCAGUGAAUGCCAUCAUGCAGAAAUAAAUACGCAUUCAUAUCUUUGUAUCUGUGUGAUGGCUGUGCAACUUGCUUUUCUUAUUCCGUUUCUUGAUUAACGUUUCUGUUUUAUGAAAAAUUAGAAAUGUGAGUGGCUUGUAUGGCCAGGUUAUCUUCAAUAAGUUAAUAAAACCAUCUUCUAAAGUCU